GCAAAUGAGCUAUGAACUUUAGGUUUAUUUGUAUACUUUCAUAGUACAAGAUGGUGCUAUGGACUCGUUUUGCUGUGAUGAUAGUUGUCCUCAGCUAUUCCACUUUUGCCAAAAUGGAAAAUAACUUGCAAAGCAUUGAGGAACUAUUACCGAGAGAGUUUCUAGGAUAUUGUGGUAAUAAUCCAGGAUGUCGAUAUAGCAAGUUUCUAUCAGCUCUUAAGGAUAAUUUUAAUACCAACGAAGAAGCCUCAAACUACAACUUAAAAAUGAAAAAAAACCUGGGAACUGAACAAUCAGAUGUCCUUCAAGGAAACGAUAAUUUGGAUGGUGAACCACAAUUGGAAAACAAAGGAUUUAAAAUCGAAGAUGCCAACGGGAAUGAUAAUCUUAUCAAUUCAUAUGACGAGUUUGACUUUUUGGAACCCGAUUUAAUGAAAAGGGGACAUAGUUCACCCAGUACUGGAUGUGAUUGCAGAAUAACGAACGAACUAAUAGACCUUGGCCAUCUUUACUACCCACGUUACCUAUUAAAUGCUGUUUGCCAAAAGAAUGACGAAGCUUUUGAAUACCCACCGAAAUGCUGGCGUGGAGCUCAAUGCAAACCUUUGGAGUAUAAAGUACGUGUCCUAACACAUCGUUCUCACAAUGACCAUCAGCAAAAGGAUCCAACUACAUCUCUUUUACCCGAUACUCUUCGGUCAUUGUGGAAAUUCAAAACUGUAACAGUUGCCGCUGGAUGUUUUUGCUCUUGACUCAACUUUACCAACAUUAUCAUUAUUAAAGAAGAAUCUCAAAAACUUAUCAAUAUCAAUAUUUAAAAAAAUUAAAUAAGUGUUAUUCAACAAAAAAAAGAAAAGAAAACAAAUAAAAUGAACUGAUUAAAAAAGAAAUUGAU